UGUUGGAGGGGUGUCCGCAUGCGUAGUGCCGCCUGUUUCGGGUUCCACUCUCACCUGGUUCCGCGCGCUGCCAGCCCGGGCUUUCGGGCAAAGGUUCGUUCAGACAGCCCGGGGCCGCGCUCUCUCGGUGCACAGCCUUUUGUGGCGCAAUAACAGUUGCAAGUGUCGGUCCGUCUGGCCGUUCGAGCAGCCGGGGUGGCUGGAACAGAACGUGGAACACCAGCCCCGGCGAAGAUGAUGAGGUUUCUGAGGAGGACGUUCGGGCGCCGCUCGGUCCGCCGCUACACGGAUGAGCGGGAUGGCGGCAGAGGAGGCGGGAGCGCCGCAGCCCGGGAUCUGGGCACUGUUGCCGGCGCUGGGGUUCGGUGCCCCACACCUGUUCCCAGUGGCACCACGGUGCACAUCCCCGCUGCGGGCAACAGUAAGUCGAUCCUGACGUGCAAAGUGCAGCUUUUGGAUGGUACAGACGUCAGUGUGGAACUGCCGAAAAAUGCAAAAGGUCAAGACCUAUUAGACCAGAUUGUUUACCAUUUGGACCUUGUGGAAGUAGAAUACUUCAGUCUGCAAUUCAUGGAUGUCUAUCAAGUUUCGCACUGGUUAGAUUGCACAAAACCUAUCAAGAAACAAGUGAAAAUUGGACCUUACAGUUUCCUCUUCAGAAUAAAAUUCUAUUCCUCUGAACCAAACAAUCUUCGAGAAGAAUUUACACGAUAUCUCUUUGUGUUGCAACUUAGACAAGAUAUUCUUUGUGGCAAAUUGAAAUGUCCUUAUGAUAUUGGUGUAGAGUUGGCUGCUUAUUGCCUUCAAGCGGAGCUUGGGGACUGUGAACCUCUGGAACAUUCUCCAGAACUGGUGUCAGAAUUCCGGUUUAAUCCGAAUCAAACUGAGGAUAUGGAGAUAGAUAUUUUUGCACGGUGGAAGGAUUGCAGGGGGAAAAGCCCAGCACAAGCAGAACUGUGUUAUUUGAACAAAGCUAAAUGGCUAGAAAUGUAUGGUGUGGACAUGCACACUGUUAAGGGAAGAGAUGGAUAUGAAUAUUCCCUUGGUUUGACACCAACAGGCAUAUUGAUCUUUGAAGGAUCAAACAAAAUAGGCUUAUUCUUUUGGCCCAAAAUUACACAGCUGGAUUUCAAAAAAAACAAAUUAACACUUGUUGUUGUGGAGGAUGAUGAACAGGGUAGAGAGCAGGAGCACACAUUUGUUUUCCGAUUAGAUAAUUCCAAAGCAUGUAAACAUUUAUGGAGAUGUGCUGUGGAGAAUCAUGCAUUUUUCAGACUACGAGCUCCUACUCAAAAUAAAGAGGGACGAUCAGAUUUCAUGCGUCUGGGAUCUCGCUUUAGAUUCAGUGGUCGAACUGAAUAUGAAGCAACACAUAAGAGUAGAUUGCGACGGACAAGUACCUUUGAAAGGCGCCCAAGCAAACGCUAUCCUUCACGACGACAUUCCAUGAUUAAAGGUCCAAAUGCAAUGAAAUAUGGACACCCCAGUUCACAGAACAGUGCAGGAAUGUGUGGAUACCAGACUCCAUAUAUGUGCAACAUACCCCCUGUGCAACAACACUGGCAUUCCAGUAAUGUUAGCCAUCCUUUGAUAGCACCAUUAUUAAACAGCACCGAUCUACAGCAGUUCAGCAGAGAAGAGAACGGAGGAACACCAUUCACUGGAAAAACUGCAGGAAGGCAUCACCACCCCAAUCUUGGUCUGGUCACCUUGGAGUUGGAAGACACGGAUGCUUACCCAGGAAUGCUGAGCCCGAGCAAGUUGAGCUCAACUGUUCUUCCACACUAUGAGGAGGUUGGCAUAUGCUUUAAGCAAUUGGAAGUUGAAGCCAGUAAGCUGACUGGACAGUGGCCCUCAUUACAUAUCAACAUGAAUAACAAGGGUGAGGAAAAGAAGCUUUUGGAAAAGGGGCUACAUUCUCCUGCAUCACCCUCUUCUCUCCCUGAUCAGCUGAAGAGCAACAUCAUUAAAGCCCAGAUGGAUGCUGCACUGAAGGUGGGAGCCCAGUUUAAAAAAGAAGAGCCAGUCCUGAGCAGCCAAAAUAAAUCCUCAGGUCCGCCGGUGGACAGUGCAAGGUCUUUAGAGCCAUCCCAAGAUGGUACCUCAGUAUCUGGAGUUCAGGAGAAACAACGGCCAAAAGCUCCACGCCUAAGGAAGCUUACAAGACAAUACAGCUUUAAUCACAGUGAUGAGGAUGACCUGCCUCCUGCAUUAGCAGCAGCCACUCGAAACAGUCCUCCCCCAGUCAGCAAACAGUCCAAUUCCGAUGUUCAGUUACAAUAUCCCACGUGCAUUAAGAAUAGUUUGGAAGAAGAUCACACAGAGUUGGCUUCUCCAGGAGAUCUACUGAUGGACUUCACUGAGGCCACCCCUCUGAUAAAGACAGUACCAGCCCAUCCUUUUUCACCUUUGCCACAAUUUCCAGUUGAAUUAGCAGAUAGCCUAUUGCAGUGUUAUGAAUUUCCACCAUCUCCAGGAAAACCCUCACCAGUAACUCCUUUGCAUGUGGCUCGAGCUCCAAAUGAUUCAUCAAAAUCUUCAUCAGUGACCUUUAUACAUGCAACCAGGCCUCUGACUAAUCCAGGAAAAUCAUCAGUAACAACUGUCCAUGCCAUGAGGCACCUGAAUGAUCCAGGAAAAUCUUCAGUAACAACUGUGCAUGCAAUUAGGCCUUUAGCUGAUCCAGGAAAACCUUCAUCAGUAUUGCCUUUGCAUGUCAGCAGACCCCGGACUGAUCCAGAAGUAUCUUCAUCAGUAAUGCCAUUGCACGCAAUUAGAUACCCAAGUGAUCCAGGAAAGUCAUCAGUAACACCUUUGCAUGCGGCUAGACAUCUAACUGAUCCAGGAGUUUCAUCAUCAGCAAUGCCUUUGCACGCAAUUAGGUAUCUUAGUGACCCACUCCCACCAGUUCAACACAGUGCAUCUCCAACAGACAGUGCUGAUAAUGUGAGACGUGAACUGGAUCGAGAGAAGAUAAUGAAGCGUCUUUUGAUGACAGAACUGUGAAAGUGCAGCUUGGAUCAGCUGGCGAGAACUGAACCAAGGCCUCUGUGUGCCUUUUGUCUGUUUACAUUCCUUGGACGUCAGACAAAGCAGCUUCAGUGUUCGCAGUUUAUUACACUUCAUUGUGAUUCAUAAGAACAUUUUUGUUGCCAUACUGAACUGGAUGUUUACAUUACUCUCCUGCUUUAAUCAGGAAAGAGAUGCUUUACAAGGGUCAACAUUAACUUAUUUUCCAAUACUGCCUCUGUAAAAUGUGUCACCAAUGCAAAAAUGUGAAGGUUUGCUUUAUUGAAAAGGCCAUUCACAACAAGUGCUGUACACAGCUUUCUUUAAAUAUAAGAAAUCAAAGUCUGUAUAUAUUUGCACUAUGCGUUGGAGAAUAUUUUGAUAGGAUUAUGGAAAAGUCAUUUUGUAUAACCAGAGCUAAUUCUGAGCCAUUACAUUUUGCUGGUCAAGUUUUAUUUGAAAGAGUAAACUUUACAAUAGAUCUAUCGAUAUUUUUAAAGUAAAAGCUCUGCAGCCACCUUAACACCAAAAUUCAAACCUAUUGAACAAUUGGAUGUCUCCACAAUAUACUCCAGCAUUGGGUAUAUCUUGAAUCAAGACAAGACUUUAGAGAAAUGUUUGUGCCUAAGAUGCAUUUCAUAGAAUGAUAUAGCACAUGAAUGAGACUUUUGGCCCAUCCUCCAGAGAGAUAAAUGGAAGAAAUUCUUAGAAAAAUGUGAUUGUCAACUUUUCUUUCAAAACAAGUUCAAAGAACCUUGUAUAAAAUUAAACCCACAAUAUUUUGAAAGAAUUUGGUGGAUUGAAUCAAGUAGGUCAAUAUUCUACUGUAAAGCUAGACAUUUUUGCCAAACAAUAUAUUCCUGUAUAGUUCAUGUCCAUCAUUUUUAUUGAUAGUGUUCAACAUGAGCAUUGUGCAAAAUGGUAAAUAAUUGGAAUAACAUCAUAUAAAAGUAUUUUUGGAAAGUGAAACUUAAGUUAUAAAAAUUAAAUAUUGUUAGUAUUCUAACUUAGUUCAUUUAACUUAAGACUAUGUUGAUGCAAAACUGCUUAGUCUUACUAUACAGCUACAACUGACUGCUUCAGUUUUCAAGCAGUGUUUCUCAUAGCAAAACAUAGUUUGUUCUGAUUUGUAGAAGCUCCAAGAUUUUCCUUGGAAGGAGGGUUUCAACUCUCAGUUUCUGUAGCUUUGGCAGAAACCAUGCCAUAUAAACUUGGCUGCCACCAAAAUCACAGCAACAAAUUGGGAAAAAUUCCCAGUCCCGAUGUCUUGAAGUGAGAUAGUUUAAUUUGUAACACUGGAUGAUCCUCUUUGUCAAAUGUAUGGGGAAAUACUCCAAUAUUGAGUGACUUGCACGUUGAGAACAGUAGAUAUCUUCAGUGGCCCAAUCACCAAUUUCAAGAACAGUGUCAAUCGUAUCUUGCUAAUGACGUCUAUAGCUAACUGUUAUGCCAAAAAACGAAAGGCACUGUGAUUUAAUGCACGAUUGUAAAUAAUACUUUUUAAAGGUAAGGUUUGUCUAAAGAAACUACGGAUUUUAAAGUUGUAUGGUUUAAGAUGUGAAAUUGAUUUUUUUUUUGUAACUUAAGGUACAAAGUGUAAGAUUAAUAUGGUAGAAAGUUAGGAGUACUUACUUUGGGAGUUACACCAUGUGGGCCAUUUAGGUAUCUGAAGCAAAGGAAUGUGAGGUUAUAUCCUACACAAUAACAAAUAAUUUAUUUGAGGUCUCACACAAAAUCUGUAUAUAGAGCAAAACUUUGGGUCCUGUGGUAUUUUAUGAAUUUGUUUUAAUUUUAAUGGAAACUGUGUCUAUGUUUAAAGAAAUCCUUUUUAACAAGUUUCAAGAUGCUGUUUCCCUCAGGCAAAUUGUUUAUUGAAAACAAGUAUACACGAAUUGCUCAACUCGACUGGGGAGCACGUUUUAUCCAGAUAAUCUGCCUUUAAUCAUAAAAUUUUGGACAGAAUUGGAACAGCAAUGAUAUUGAAUAUUUGUGAUUCAGAUAUACAGUAGAUACAUCAAAACAGCUAAGUGCAAUGGCUGUUUUACCAUGAUGGCUGGCAGUCUUCUAACAACAGUAUUUUUGGAGAGAGUUAAAGUUUUGAAUUUUGAAAAAUAUUUUCAGGAGAUACAAAUAACAUACAAUGUAGGAAUUCUGCAUUAAAAACAGAAAGUGCUAGAAUGUAUACCUCAGUGAACAGGAAGAGACCAAUGCUUACUAAAAUGUAACAUAGAGACAGGUCAUUUCAACUAAUUCAUCUGUUGGUAGUUAACCCUCUCAUGACCAAAUAGUCUAAUCUAAUUACCCUGAUGUCAUUUCUUCAACUCCUGUUAGUCCUUCCAUUAUUUCAAACUAACCUAAACAAUUGAUAUAAUUUCUGGCCCAACUACUAUCAUGAAAAUGAAUUGUACAGGCUCAUUAUUCUUUAAAGAAAGCUAUUCUUCACUAUAUUCUAAGUCUCUUAUACUUAAUCUUGUACUUAGGAUUCCUUGAUCUUGAUUCCUCAAAAACUGUGAUCUCUCAGCCACUAUCUAUCACAUCUCAUUUGUACAGAAUUUUGAACAAUUGUAAUGGAUCAAUAUUUUACCAAAACUUAUUUUUCAAGUAUUUAUCAUAUUUGCAUUUCCUCAUAUCAGAAUCCUCAUGAAUUCACCUCUGUUUUCUGGGAAGCUUCAAUAUCCAUCGUCUACUGCGGAACUCAGUACUGCACACUAAUAAGGUUUGCCCUUAUUUUGUGGCUUCUAUAUUAUGACAAGUUAAUAGGUCUGAACUGCAGGAUGUUGAUUAACUAAUCUGUACACCCAACAUUUUCUAUUUUGGAAGAAUUGCUGUUCACAUUUGUACCUCUUUGCUCAGAUAAAAGAGGAGCCAUGUUGACAGAGGGUGGCACGUUGGCUCAGUGGUUAGCACUGCAGCCUCACAGCGCCAGGGACCCAGGUUCAAUUCCAGCCUCGGGCGACUGUCUGUGUGGAGUUUGCACAUUCUCCCCAUGGCUGCAUGGGUUUCCUCCGGGUGCUCCGGUUUCCUCCUACAGUCCAAAGAUGUGCAGGCUAGGUGGAUCGGCUGUGCUAAAUUGCCCGUAGUGGUCAGGGGUAUGUGGGUUAUAGGGAGAUGGGUCUGGGUGGGAAGCUUCAAGAGGUGGUGUGGACUUGUUGGGCCGAAGGGCCUGUUUCCACACUGUAGGGAAUCUAAUCUAAUAUAGUCUGGUCCUUUAUGCAUCAAGUAUCAGCAUAUGUAUACUUUCCAGCAGGGCUAUUAGCAGAAUGUCUAGUUAAUUAUUUUCACCUUUCUUUUGUCUGGUAUUACUUGAAGGCAUUUUUAGCACUAUCUAGGUGAAAAUCAGCCAACUAUGUAUCAGUCAGGAAGUAACCUUUGUGGUCCAAAUGGCACAGGGUCACAAUGGGCAUUGCAUUCACACAGUCAUUGAAAGGAAAUUAUUUUAAUUACAAUAUUAAAUUAUGUGCAAAGUAAACAAUUCAGUCUCAUGAAAGUCAUUAUGCAGAGAGGAAAGCUAUUCUGUUUUCUAGUCUAUUGUGGAAUUACUAGGCUUUUGGCAGAAAUGACAAAUAUUGUAGUUUUGCCACAUUUAACCAAAUAAUUGAAUCUCAUCUUCUGAAGAAGUAUCAGCUAAACCAAGCUAAUGAAUUGCACCACAGCCAGUUUAGAAACCGUAGUACAUUAUGAAGUAAUGCACUGAGAACCAGUUUAAUAAAUAUCAAAUUAAGAAUACACCUCAUAAGGUGUGUUUUUCCAGAGCACAAUGGUACCUACAUCUCAAGCUAAAACAAUUGGAGGGGAGCUCACCCAUAAUCCUAACUACGUGCUUGGUAAAUUUGUUUUAUUCAGUCAUGGGAUUUGGGUGUCACUGGCUGGGCCAGCACCUAUUGGCCAUCCCUCAGUGCCCUUGAGAAGGUAAUGGUGAGCUGCCUUGAACUCUGCAGUCUAUGUCCUGUAGGUACCCCCCCACAAUGUCAUUUAUUUAAUGUUGUUUCAGAGAUAGUAGGAACUGCAGAUUAAUUAAUUACCUAUUAAUUACCUAUUUACGGAUCUCAGUCGGCCCCGAACUUAGUGAGAUGCCCAGCCCUCUCCAGCUCUCCAAAUAUUUCAGACAAAUGAGAGGUAGGCAGCAGGAAAAUCACCCACUAAAUUUUUGUACCUCCACUUUCAAAACCACUGUGCUAAGGUCUUAAUGGCUGUAAAUCCACUGCUGUAUUUGCACAAUUUUUAAAAUACUUCAUUCCAGACAAAGCACUUUGGAAUUCUGUUGUUAUUAUGUUUUUUUCUAUCAGUUCUUAAUGCCCUGUAAAGAACAUUUACUGACUUCAGAUUAAUCAUUAAUCUACACUGACAAAUUAUAAAAUUUAAUUUAUAUAUUCAGACCAAGGUUUUAAAAAUUAUUAAUUAAUAGAAGAUGUGAUUGCAAUCUGUUGACACUUUAUCUCAGCUGAAUUAUAACUCACAUUGCUACCUACAUUGUUUAUAAGGAGGAGUAGUGGCUACUGCUGAGAGACCUAGGAUCACCAAGGAAUGGGAGCCACCAAUGAGUGAGAUUGAAAUAGGGACAUGGGAUAACUGCUCAAUGCCAAGUUCCUCUGAGAAGCUAUGAGGCUUUAAAAGAGGGACUACCCCCUAAAGGCUUCUGGAGACACUGAGCUACUCACAUGCAAUUCCUGAAACACCACUAACUUCUAGCGUACUCAAGGUUAAGUGAUAUCAAUUGACUAAUUACUGAAUCUAAUUGACAACCUGCCUACAGUUGGUGAGAUUACUCCAUGGACCCGUUCCUAACUCCAACUUAAUUGCAGAAAGUUUUCCUGCUGCUGGGAGACAAAGGUAUGGCCUCUCCUGUGAUUAACUGGGCUCAGAUCAUGUUUCCAACCGCAACAAGUUGCAGUAAAUCCAGUUUAUUCUUUAAGAUGCAGCACUCGGUCCCAACUUUGAAUAAUUUCUCAUUAAGAAUAUAUACUUUGAACAGGUAUUACUAAGAUGAUGUCCCAUUUUCAAGGCAGGUCUACACUAAACUUAAAAGUUGAUCUUUUCAACUACUAUAAAUCUGUAAACUAACCUAGUUGGGGUAAAUUACCAUGUUUUCUGUUACUUUACUGCAACACUUGCAGUAUUACUCAAACCAAAUUCUGUGGUAAUUUAUACUUUUUUUAUUUUGCAUAAUCCUCAAUGGUUAGAAUGUGAGAAGAUCUUCAGUAGAAACUGCAUAUAAACAUAUCUCUCAAAAGGAUUUAUUUUUGCCUUUCAAGGUGUGUGAACAGACUGACAAGGUCACCAUUUGAUUGCCAUCUUGUUUACCCUUAAAGCAGUUCUUAAAUCAUCAUAGUAUGAUGUAGGUACAUACACAACGGUGCUAGGGAGUCAAAUCCAGGUUUCUGAAGCAGUACCAAUUAAGGAACAGUGAUGUAGUUCCAUGGUACAAUGGUGUGUGACUUAAUGGGGAUCUUGUAUGUUGUGGCGUUCCCAUGCAUCAUCGUCAGUCUAUUGACCGGGAAUUGAAAUGGACCAACCAUGUAAAUAUUGUGGUUACUCAAGCUGAUUAGAGACUAAGAAUUCUGAAGCAGGCAACUCAAUUUUUGUAUCCUCAAUGCCUGUCUGCCAUUUACAAGGCACAAGUUGGAAGUGUGAUGGAAUAUUCCAGAUUUGCCUGGUUGAAUGCAAGUCCAACAGCAUUCAAGAAGCUUAACACUAGAGAACAAAGCAGCCCACUGAUUGGCACCUGAACCACAACCUUAAAUAUCCAAUCAUUUCAAAACCAAGGCACAGUGAUAGCAAUGUGUAUCAUCUGCAUGAUGUACUGCAGUAACUCACCAAAGCUUCACAAACAGCACUUUCCAAUCCUGUGACCUCUACCAGUUGCAAGGUCAAGAGCAGCAGAUACCUGGGAACACCAGUAUCUGCAAGUUCUUUUUUCAAACCACACACCAUCCUGUCUUGCAAAUAUAUUGCCAUUCCUUCAGUGUCAUUGUGUCAGAUCCUAGCACUUCCUCUCUAAUAGUAUUGUCCGUAUCCCAAACCCCAAGGACUGCAGCAAUUCAAGAAGGUACGUCACCACCGCCUAAUCCAAAGCUAUUAGGGAUGGGACAAUAUAUGCUGGUAUAGGUAUCAAUAACUUCAUCCCAUGAACAAAUAAAAAUAAAUUUUCUGCCCUUGUACGAAGAAGUAGAGGUAAGAAGAGGUUAUGGGUGUGGUAGGUGCUGUCAAAGUUGUGCUUUAUGUUGAAGAACAUGAUUUAUUGAUAUCAUUUAUAACAAAUUCAUAUGAAUUUAAAUCUAACCUAUAUGGUUAUAGCAGAUGUUCCUUUCCCACUGGGUGAAUCUGUCCUCCUUUAUGAAGCUUCAGACCAUUUUAUAUUUUAACACAAGAAACUAGAACAGAAGGAAAAAAUGUUGAAAUUGAAGCAUCACAAAGAAUUGACAAACCCAAAUAUACAGCUGAGUGUGAAAUUAUGAUUAUAUGGCAAAUAAAGUUUCUGGUAAAUAUCGAUAGAAGGACAAACAGAUGUUUCAAUUAGUGGAAUUAUCAUAAGGAAGUCUAGAUGGAAGCAAAAUCUUUGAGAAGUCUAACAGAUUAGCUGAUGACAAAGUUAAGAAAUGGAUUAAUGUGUUUUUUUAAUUUGUCUAAUGUUUAGAACCAAUCUUGUUUUACAGCAUUUUGACAUUACAAUCCUACAAGUAAUACUUUAUAUUGAUAACCUAUUUUGGGAUUGGUACCGUUUAUACCACUGGUUCUGUAUUAUAAGCUGGUCAAUAAAGUAGAAUUUUGUACACACCCAAAAUCUAAUUACACUUUCAAGUUUACAAAGUGUCAACAGAACAAUUGUAUUUCUGUUAGCCUAAAAUUAUCACAAAUUUUGUUUAAUUGUAUAUCAGAUAGUACAGUUAAAAUGCUGGCAGAGUAAGGCCAAAAUACUAUGUGACAAGGUAUCUCCAUUCCUAUAUGAAUUUAAUGUCCCAUAUAAUUGUUGACUACAUGGUGGAGCUAAUCUGUAAUUCUUGCAUAACUUUGCAUUGUACUGAUGUAAAAACUACAGCUUAAGUAGGUUGCUAAAAAUUGUUUUUAUGUAUGAAUUUUGUUUUGUGUUGUUGUCAAAUAAGUAUUUUUUAUUGAAAAUAAUAGGAUUUUUCUUAAAACUUUUGGUGGUAACUUUUGAAAGAGUCAUAAUAUUACAGCGUAUGAUUAGAUCUGAAUGAUUCAGGAAAUACAUUGAAUACUAUUGGUAAGUUGUUAAAAAUGAUGCCUUUUACCUUUAAGUUGUUAUUUACUUGUUUUUUGUAACAACAAAAAUAUAGGAUCAACAAAAUUGUUAAGCAGAAUGUUUACAGUAAAAACAGGCCUUAAUAAUUAACAUUUUAAGCAUUAGUAUUUGGUGAAACGUGCAGCUUUGUGUUAUUGUAAAAUACAGUACAUUUUCAGGACAUUUGGUCAUCAUUGAAAUGAUAGUUUUGAGCUGCUCACACAUGGCUUGAUGACAUUUUUCAAGUAGAGAGUUUUAAUGGAACACGCUAAAAAUUCCCAAUGUGAUAUAUUAAACGCUCAAUUCAUUCCCUUUUCUUAUUCUCUACAACAAUGUUAUUUUGGCAUUAGGUUCUACUGAUUCCAGGAACUGUCCACUGUAAAGCCUAAGUAGUGUCAUUUUUGUGGAAACCUGAACAGUAUUUCAGAAUGCAACCAUGAAUAGUGUAACAGCUGAACCUCACCCUGUUCUAGUCUUGUAUUUACAUAGAAACAUGACUCUUCCUCCAUUAAGGAUCCCAUACCAAACUGAAUAGGGUACAACUGUUAUUUUUGCUAUACCAAUGGCUGUUGACACCCCCACCAUCCCAGAUUUAAUUUGGAGUGGUCCAAAGCCAUAGUGGAUUUUUCACUGUCACACCCAGGUCAUUCCUAAAUUUAUCACAUAAUACAGCGAAAUAUUGAACCAUUACUAAACCAUCAGGUGAGCCCUUGGGAUUGCUCUGAAAGAUAUGAAACAUUUAUGUUUUUACUAAGUAGCCCACAGAUUGUUGAGUUCAAAAGUUCUGUUUAGCUUUUGAAUCACUUAAAUGACAGUCUAGAAUUGAUCCGCAAUUGAACAAUUUUGUAGUUUAGAAGUAUUGAUCCUUCUCCUUAAUGCACCAUAAUGAUUUCCUGUAGAUUAUUAGAACAUAGAACAUAGAACAGUACAGCACAGAACAGGCCCUUCAGCCCACAAUGUUGUGCCGACCAAUUGUCGAUUGCCAAUUAUUGAUUGCUUCCAUCUUAUGGAAGCUUACCAGAGUGAAAACAAUAGUUUAUUUGUCAUUAUAAAUGCUUAGAAAAGAAUUUUACUCAACUAAAUCCUAAAUUAAGUGGAAUAUUCCAGCAGAAUAUUUUAACACUGAGUUUCCUUAAAGACAGAUUCUAACACGUACACUAUUUAGACAUACUACAUUAAUUAAUGUUACUUUAUUCUUUAAACAGUAUAUUUCUAUAUUUUCCCAUUGGAAACAAAUACUCUUGAGGGAUGGUACUUGAAUAAUUUGCAGCUAUACAUUGUAAAAUAGUGAAUUGUAUAUCACAACAGUUGUAUCUGACUGAUGAAUGUUCAUUGGAUUGUAUUUUUAGAAUGAUAAUUGUAUAUGUGUAGUGCCAUUAAGAAUUUUUUCACUGAUAAAGCAGGAAGCUUGUUCCUUUCCGCCCCUCCAUGUGAUGUGAGUUAUGUGCUGCUUUUAUGAUUACAGUUACUUAGCACUUAAAGUUUAUGUCAAGGACUGCCCUGCAAUUCCUGCAUCAAAUAUUGUCUAAACUUGUA